AUGGACUGCACAGCGAGUAGAUCCCACCUACUCACUCGACCUCGCCUUAUUUGGAUUUCUCGUCUGGUCAUCAUCGCAUCAGUUGCCUGCAUCGGACUAUUCGCCAUCUGGCAGUUUCAAGUCCCAGAAAAGCUUCAGUUGCACGCGUUAUGGACGACACAACCGCUAAAAUCAGACUCGACUCGUCCGUUCAACUCCUCGCUGUACCUCAAUGGGGCACCGACGAGUAUAUCCCGAGAGAAUUUACGCCCUGAAAUGAAGUAUAUCACGUCUUGGGGUUCUGGGGGUUGGACGAACGAUGUGAUAAGCAUGAUCAACCUGCUCUACCUGGCCCUCAUCACUGAGCGGAUUCCGAUCAUUCCCGUGUUCCUACCAGGCCAUCAGCUGCUCAACUCGUACGGCUACGCGGGAGAGAACCCGCUGGUCUUUUCCGAUGUCUUCGACCUCGCAUAUCUGCGGGACGCCAUGAAAAUUCCGAUUCUUGAAUGGCAUCAAGUCAAGGGACAAGAUGACUUCAGCCAGAAAGAGUCCAUCGGAUGCUGGAGCGUGUGGCCGGUAAUCCAGAAGCAGGACCCCGCCCCGAGAAAAAGCUUCAUCCCGUGGUUUUUGAAGCUCGAUGUUUCCUACACCAAAGCGCCAGACUGGAUCAAGCUCAAGCCGGGCAAUGAAAACGACCGCGUGAGCACCUUCUGGGCGCUGGCUGCACUCGCGUUUCCCGCUACCCGUCAAGCCAGUCUCGUCCCGCCAUGGCCGUCAAAGAAGAAUGUGACAUUGCCGCCAGACCAGCACUUGCUCUGCUUCGAUUGUUUGUACUACCUCAGUGUCAGAGAGUCCGAUGAACUGGAGCUGGAUUACAGCCCUGCAUGGAGGUUUGUUGGCCAGCACAUGCGAUGGACCCCAUAUAUUGAAAGAAUGGCGACAAAAUAUUUGAGAAAGGCAUUCAAGAUAGCAGAACACGACGAAAUACCCCCAUUCAUAGCAGUACAUGUGCGCCAUAACGACUUUAUUGACUGGUGCGAUGAAGGAUUCAAAUCUCCGGACGACUGUUUCGCCCCAUUGAGCACCAUACAAAAGCGGGUCAAACAAGUCCAAGACGAGUUGCUGACCGCCAAAGGUAUUGACACGAUGCACGUUGUGGUCACCAGUGACGAGAAGAACAACACUUGGUGGGAAGGCAUUCGGGAACUAGGAUGGGUGCGGCUGGACCACGAAGAGACGAAAGAGAGAUACGGUUUUUGGCACCCAAUAUUGAUUGAUGCGGUCGUGCAGUCGAUGGGUGCUGGAUUUGUGGGUACGGCAAGGAGCACGGUGUCUAUUCUGGCAAGUCGACGAGUGGAGACAUGGAGAAACGGGCCAACAAGGAUGGUUCGCUGGGGAAGACCCGGCGCAGACGAUGACUGA